GAAAAUCACAAAAACCAUUGUCGGCUUCUGUCCAAGCAUCAAACACUUCACGUAUCACGGAUUCACGGGCGCUAAUCCUGAAAUGGAGACUUCUUCUUCAUCGUCGGCUUCUGUUGAUACUGUACUUCGAACACUAGCCAACAGAGGCUGGUCUUUCCGCGACAUUGAUCAAGUGAAAUUACUCCUGUCAGCUCAAUCUAGCUUGGCCACCAUCGAUUCAGUUGAAUUAGAGCUUAUCAAAUUGGACUUGCGAUCCAUCGGCGGUAAAACGUUACCCGACCCUUCCUCUAUUCGAAAAGUUUCUCAUCUUCAGGGCCCUAUAGUUCUUCAAAUAUCUUCUGUCAGAGAUGUAUCUAGCAGCAAAGUGACUGAGAACUCAGGAAAUGCAAAAAGUCGACGUCUUUUAAGAUUGAAGCUCACCGAUGGACACUAUGAAGUAACAGCGAUAGAAUACUCUUACAUACCAUCAAUUCCUGAUGAUGUCAUACCUGGCACUAAGGUCCGUUUGGAAAACAAAACAAUAGUGCGUAGUGGUAUUGUUUGUUUAAAUGCCAAAGCAGUUACUGUUUUAGGUGGAUUUGUUGAGUCACUUUAUGAGGAAUGGCAAAUGAACCGAAAAUAUGCAGGCCUCCCGCGCUCAUCUUUGAGACAGUUUCACGAAGGGGCCUCUUCUGGUCCACCGCCAUUUGAAAAGUUGCAAGUUGGAGCGAAUCACAAGAACAAGAACUAUGCUCAGCAGAAGAGAGACUUUGAGUCUUGCAUGUCUUCAUCAUCUAGAAGUUCAGUAUCCCUGCCUACUGGAAAAGCUGAUAGCUCUACAGACUUACAGAAGCAUAAUGAUUCAAGGGGUGACAAUUUGGGUGAUGAUCUGAAGCAAUCUAAUUGUGAACCAAAUGAAGAAAAGCCAAUCAUCUCUGAAGCAAGACCAAAAGAAGUGGUCGAAUCUUUCCCCGUUCAAAAUCAAGCAGCUUCACAAAAACUUCUCCAGAAAAUGAACCAGCCUUUCAGGGAUAAUCAUCGCAUUAGGGGUCAAAGACAUAGGGGGAAAGAAAAAGAGGAAGAUUCACAUCUCCUUACUCUUGAUGAAUGGGAAAGGAGUAGAAGUGGCAACAUUUCUGGAAAUCAAAAGCUCUCUAGUAUUAGCCAGGAUGAGGAUCUCGCGAGGCAGCUUCAAGAGCAGUUUGAUUUGGAAGAUGUUCAUGUACAAAAAGAUUCUAGCAUGACAGAGGCAGAAAAUAUAAGAAUGAAUAUGUUCAGAUUUGACCGAGAUGAUGCCAGAGCUCAUGGCACAAUGGGGUUUAGAGGAAGAGGAAGGGGAAGGGGAAGAGGACGGAGGGGAGGCAGAGGGAGAACGUGAUAUAUUUUUUGUAUGCAGCUAAGCCUCCUCUUAGGUUUCCGAGGUUUGUGACUUUGUCUUUUAUGACGGGGAAUUCCUCUAGGGUCAGUUUGGGAGUUUAGUUUUGAAGGCUUUUGGUGGGCAGGCUUUGGAUGUCUAAGUUAUAUCUUGAUAUAUUUUUGAGUUUAUUGAAAAAAAUGGAAGAAUGACAUAAUGAUAGAUAAAAUAUUACUGCAGCGUCAUUUUUUGUGUAGUGAAAGAUUAUGCUGAUCAAGAUAUAUAUGCCAACCCAUCCAAUGUUGUGCCCUCCAAACCCUUGAGAACCUUCCGUCCAAAUAGACCCUUAAAGCAAUGCUGAGGUUUAUACUAACUUGUACACCGAUAUCUUUUUAUCCACAAAUAUGUCAUGGUGUUCGUGUCUAUGAAACCUGGUAGCGUAUCCGUGAUUCCGUGAGACCAAAGAAACAAUAAAAAAAAACGGGUUGUGUACAACUUGAUGUACACUUUUCACUUUAAUUUACAAAUAGCAUUGCUCAUUCCUCAAUGUUAAGCAAUGCGACAUGUACAAACGACAUGUACAAAAUGUGGCAUUCCCUCGCAGUACUUUUUCCCGUGCACGAGGCUUACUUAAUGCCAAAAAUGGAGGACAAGCUCUGGUUAUCUACCUUCAUAUCUCAAAUGGUACAUGCCAAUUUUUGUGUUGAUACAAUUCCAAACGUAAUUUGGCAACCCUAACAAUUACAACUAUGGUUGCAACAUGUUGCUGGGAAGAAGAGGAUAUAAGAAAAAUCAUGGAGAACUUUUAAAGUUUUGAACUACAAGUGUAAAUAAGGACCUAAUAAUAGAGAUUAUUUUACACACACACGUAUGGAUCUUCUCAAAAUAUGUAGCUAGUUUUGGCCAAUAUUUGUUGCAAUAUACGGAUGAUAAUAGUACUCUAAUAACAACAUCCCAUGUAAUAUAACCAAAUUGUCCAAAUAUGUAGUACGUAGUAUGUUUUAGUGCAAAUUUACAUUACAUAUGUAUUUGAUCACAUUUCAUUAGGCAAUACCUUAACGGCUUAACUACGUCGUAUGGUAGGUAAUGUUGUACUUAUCAUUUGCCCAUGAAUCAUGGUCGGUCCUCAAUAUAUCCUUUCAAGGAGACAAAGCCAGAACUGCAAAGGCAUGUGAUGUUGAUUGGUAAUGCUCCAUACUUUGUAUUAAUGUCCAUCAUCUAUGCAAAUUGUUGAUAUAACAACUAAACUCUCAGUUAGCAUGGCUUAAGAACUUGGUUGAGACUUGAGAAGUUAUAAUGUUUCAUUUCAAAAUUAUAUGGUGUUAUCUAGUGUUUAUUUGAAACCCGGGUGUGUAGGCCUUAUAUUUGUAUUAAGCUCUUA